AUGCCUCUCACAACAUCCGAUGAGGAUGCUGCAACGCUUUCCUCCCAAGAGCAAUCUUCUUCUACCUGGAAGCGUUUCAGCGCCCGUCUCAGUGGUGCCUUUAGCGGCGCAGACCCCCGAGUCUGCGUCGCUUUCUGGCUCUUCGGCCUUAUCAACAAUGUCCUAUAUGUCAUCAUCCUCUCCGCAGCCGUAGAUUUAGUCGGACCCGAUAUACCUAAAGGCGUCGUUCUCCUCGCGGACGUGAUUCCGUCAUUCGCAACCAAGCUUCUCGCCCCGUACUUCAUCCAUCUGGUCCCCUAUUGGGUACGCGUCCUGAUUUUUGCCUUCCUGUCAUUCGUGGGCAUGCUGAUAGUCGCUAUGAGCCCAGGCUAUACCGACGGAGGAACGAUAUCGUCCAAGAUUGCGGGAAUCGUCCUGGCUAGCCUUUCUUGCGGCGCUGGGGAGCUGAGCUUUGUGGGUCUCACGCACUUCUAUGGCCCGUUCAGUCUGGCUGCGUGGGGGAGUGGCACUGGCGCUGCUGGGUUGAUCGGAGCUGGUGCUUAUGCCCUCGCAACUUCGGCGCUGGGUUUCUCUGUUCAUGUCACGUUGUUGGUUUCGGCCUGCUUACCGGCAAUUAUGGUCAUAAGCUUCUUUGUCGUUCUACCCAGGUCCUCUCUGCGAUCUACUGAAUCAGGCCCUGAUAGGUAUCGCGUCGUUGAAGGCGGGAACCAGGUAGAGGAAGAUGAAAUGGAUGAUGGCGCUGGCCGAGAAGACGAGGGGCUGUUGGGAGUGUCGCACAACUCCCCCGCCCGCAAGUCUAUCCAUGUCAACCAAGGCCGUUCCUGGCAGGACCAGACACGCAUAAAUUUACGUCGCAUCAGGGGACUGUUCAUUCCUUUCAUGGUCCCCAUGCUACUGGUCUACAUCGCUGAGUACGUGAUAAACCAAGGUGUGGCUCCAACACUGCUUUUCCCACUGAGAGAAUCGCCCUUUGAGCACUUCCGCUCUUUCUACCCUACCUAUAAUGCCAUCUAUCAGGUUGGCGUCUUCAUAUCCCGCUCCUCAACCCCAUUCUACCGCAUCCAUAAUCUGUACCUGCCGUCUCUCCUGCAGGUGGUCAAUCUUGUGUUGCUCACCCUCCAUGCUCUGUUUGAUUUUAUCCCCAGCGUAUGGCUUGUGUUCAUCAUUGUUUUUUGGGAAGGCCUCCUGGGUGGAGUGGUAUAUGUCAAUACCUUUGCUGAGAUCGCCGAUCGUGUUCCUAAGGAGGACCGUGAAUUUUCAUUGGGGGCUACCACUGUCAGUGACUCGGCCGGUAUCUGCAUCGCGGGCUUCCUCAGUAUGGGGUGGGAGGUCUCGUUGUGCAAUUGGCAGGUUGGACAUGGGCACCACGUCUUAGGGAGACCCUCGACCCGCCUCCGCAAGAUCCAAGUAUUUGCAGUUGUCUCUUUCUGGUCAGUAUACUUAUUAAGAGCAGAUAAACAUGGCCCACCGUUUAUUCGAUCCCUAUCGUCCCGCUUCACGGGAAAAUUGACAACAUGGCAGACAACUGUUAUCAUAUUCCUCUGGCUCUACCUCAGCCGGAACUUUGCCAAGAUUGUCGGACUCGAAUGUCCUGAACCAUUGGCAAACAUGUACUCGCGGUCCUUCUUUCGAGCAACGUGGAUUACCACUGGUUUGGACGCUGGAUUUUGGACCGCGAUGAACAUAAAGCCAAAAUGGUUACGAGAUAUAGCCUCACUAGUCUUCACAGCUUACUAUUUGAUUGCGGCUGAACAGGCUGAUGAGAAAGUCCGCCGGGUCCGUGCUACCCUGACACUGGAGCACCUGCGCGUGUCUUGGAACAAAGCCACCAGCCCCUAUCUGUGGUCAUUGGCGAAACUGCUACGGCCGCGAAUGACUCAAUUCCCGGCUCGAGCGAUUCGUAUUCCUCGCCCGGGGCAGUCUGUUUACACCGAUCCAGUGAAUGCGUGGCUGUAUUUCGAUGGUCCGCUAAGUGCGCUCCGAGAUCAGAGUCUCAUUGUCUUGGAUGUACCUGGCGGUGGGUUUGUGGCUAUGAGUCCCAGAAACUCAGAGGACAAGCUAUUGUCUUGGGCAGGACGGCUAAAGGUUCCCAUUCUCAGCGUUGAUUACAAGAAGGCACCAGAGUUCGCAUACCCAUAUGCGCUGCACGAAUGCUAUGAUAUCUACCAUAGCAUCAUUGCCACAAACGGUCGUUGCAUGGGGCUGAGUGGUAAGACUCGUCCUCGGAUUCUCGUCACAGGUGAAAGUGCUGGUGGAAACCUGGCAGUGGGCAUGACUUUGAUGGUGUUGCAGUCUGCGACGUCUCAGGGCUGGCGUGGCGAUGAUGUGCUUCCAGCCCCGGAUGGUGUGGUUUUGGGAUACCCUGCGUUGAAUAUGAGGGUUGAGAGCUGGAUGAGUGAUGAACAGAUGUCACUGAUCCAGGAGAAGAGCACGCGCCAGACAAACCGCAGUGUUCUGCAGCGGAAACAAGAUCAAUACCGUAAACUCACACCAUUCACAUCGCCAGGUCACUCGGUCGAGGAUCUAACUGCUAUCUCACCACCGGAGAAGGUGAAGAAUAAUAAAGAAGCCAAUGUGGCCACUGAAGCAGCCAAAGCACUGGAAAAGAAACUCGAAAAGAGCGAGGACUUAGCCCCGAAGCCUGUUGCUAAAGCAGAAGACGAAGUCAAACCAAUCAAGACUAGACUAGCCGUCUCGUCUAUGAUCACCUACGUCCACGACCGCAUCCUCACUCCUGAAAUGACACGUGCGAUGAUUAUUCUAUACAUCGGACCCCACCAUCGCCCUGACUUCAAUACCGAUUUCUUCCUGUCUCCCGUCCUGGCUCCAGAUGCACUACUUGCUCGCUUCCCCAAAACAUACAUCAUGACGGGAGAGCGGGAUCCUCUGGUUGAUGACACGGUAAUAUUUGCAGGCAGACUGCGCCAAGCAAAGCUCCAUCACUUCCGUGAGCGCCAGGACCUGGGAUUGGAGAGGUCUAACCGUCCCUUCAAUGAGAGAGACUACGUUGAAAUCUCUCUUAUACCUGAUGGCUGGCUUCUUCCCGACGCAUGGAAGUAUAUCCAUCGCAGCGCGGACUGGCUUGAGAGUCUGUCUCAGAAGACCAAGAUUGAUGAUCUCGAGACGGACCUACUUUACGCUGACCGAGGUGUGGAUGGUUCAAAUGCCAAUACUACCCUUAAAUGGUCCGGCCUGCGGAAGUUGAAGCAAAUGCUCCAAAGAAUGGUCUUCACGGGCGAGUCUUCGGGUGAUGACGAUAGACCGCUGGAAAUGAGCAUGAGCAAGAUCACAUCCGUUGCCGGUAGUGAGGAUGCAUUGACAUCAAAGCCUGAACACCGCACGCGGCGGAGGAGAUCACGUUCCUCUUUUGCUUCCUCGCGAGUCACCGGUUUUACAUCGUUGGGCGAUGACCGCAAUGCUAAGGAGGAUUUCAUCGCUAAGCUCCGAUGCUUGGAGAGAGCGGCUCGUUCGCCGAACCGUUUCGAUCCUGAUGAAACGAAUAGUGCUCCUGAAAGCCCUGGUGCAGUCCGUCCGAGAGGACGAAGCAUCGCUUCUCUUGACAGUGAAGAGGAUUUGCUUGAUCGCCGAAUGAAUGGGCUUGCUGGUGGAUUGAUGGGGAUCGGUGAAGGAGCACAGACUCCUGGGCUGUGA